CAGCGUCUGCGAGACGCUGGAGGAGACGGGCGACAUUGAGCGGCUGGGCCGCUUCCUCUGGUCGCUGCCUGUGGCCCCCGGGGCGUGCGAGGCCAUCAACAAACACGAGUCGAUCCUGCGCGCGCGCGCCGUGGUCGCCUUCCACACGGGCAACUUCCGCGACCUGUACCACAUCCUGGAGAACCACAAGUUCACCAAGGAGUCUCACGGCAAGCUGCAGGCCAUGUGGCUCGAGGCUCACUACCAGGAGGCCGAGAAGCUGCGCGGCCGCCCACUCGGCCCGGUGGACAAGUACCGCGUGCGCAAGAAGUUCCCGCUGCCGCGCACCAUCUGGGACGGCGAGCAGAAGACGCAUUGCUUCAAGGAGCGGACUCGGAGCCUGCUGCGGGAGUGGUACCUGCAGGACCCCUACCCCAACCCCAGCAAGAAACGCGAACUGGCGCAGGCCACCGGCCUCACUCCCACACAAGUAGGCAACUGGUUUAAGAACCGGCGGCAGCGCGACCGCGCCGCAGCGGCCAAGAACAGGGAUCGUCGUCCUUUGCUGCGUGCCCAGGCCACCCCAGGCGGCCGGCCUCUGGUUCUACCUCUCCUGAGUCCGGUCCCUAUCUGGGAAGCUUUGGGAAGCUUCCCUGGGGAAGGGAGCCAAGAGCCAAGACUCGGGCUGGGGAGUCUCUUCAGCGCCCAAGGAGUAGCUGGGCUCCAGCACCAGGCCAUCGGACCCAGCGGCAUGCGCUCGCUGGCCGAACCCGGCUGCCCCACGCACGGCUCGGCAGAGUCGCCGUCCACGGCGGCCAGCCCCACCACCAGUGUGUCCAGCCUGACGGAGCGCGCGGACACCGGCACCUCCAUCCUCUCGGUAACCUCCAGCGACUCGGAAUGUGAUGUAUGAUAGCCAAGGCUGCCCUCCUCCUCCCACCCCCUCCUUCCCCUCCUCUUUCCCCUCCUCCUCCUAGCCCUCCUCCUCUUCCUCCUCUUCCUCCUCCAUCCCCAGAACAAACCGAAAUCAGGAUACACAACCAUACACACACAUAAGUCCACACACACUCCCGCCCCAGCCAAAAAUAUAUAAAAAUCAAGAAAAAUAGCAAAUUAACCGCAAACCAUCAACAAUCCCAAACCACCAUCUACCACCACGGCCAACCCAAAGGACCUCGACGCCAACAGACAGUCACAAACGCUGAUGUUGCGGGCAGAAAACAUAAAAGAGGUGACAAUUGUAUACUUUCUAGGACAAGCACGGCUUCUCCUUUUGGUUCCCACGGACCCGGCACCCCACCUGCAUGACGAUUUAUUUGUAUCUGGGAAAAUAUUCUCUCUAGUUUAAAAUGAUUUAAAGAGUCGACUAUACAAAAACCACCACCACCACCACGACGACAAGACGACAAAAGCAAAACAGACAAAAAAAGGAAAAAAAAAAUCUACCAUCUCUGCUCCGAAUUUGUUUAAAAAAAGAAAGAAAGAAAAACAAAAAAAAAAAAAAGAACUCCUGGAGAGAGAAAUAGCAAAUGUUUCUCGCCUUUUGUUGCUCUCUCUCUCUUUUUCCUCUCUUGCUCUCUUUCUUUCUCUUUCUUCUCUCUGUUUUUAAGUCCAAGUAUUGGUCAAACAAGAUGCAAUCUUCUGUUUUUUGUUCAGCAGACAAUCAUUUUCGUAAGCACCUUUUUUCUCUCUACUCUGUCACUGCCUGUGUGGGUACUGGUUAUAAAUGUGGAAAAAGAAUAGUUAUGACUGUAACAGAUUUUUAUUUUUAUUUCAAAAUUUUAUAUGAAUUAUGUAUAUCUUAAUGAUCGGUCAUUUUCCCAGUUUGUAAUAUAUGUGUAGAAAUUGCCUGUAUAUGAUAUUGCUUUUUCUCCUCUCCCUUUCUUUCUCUCUUUCUCCCUCCUUUCUUCCUCCCACCCCGCUCACCUGUCUCUUUCCUUUUGGGGGUGUCCCCCUCCCACUCAGUGUUCCUGGCGUCGACUUGGUACUCCAGGCGUGGCGUGGUGGCCUGGGUUAGGAAGAGGGACCCCGGCGCUAGCGAAAGCGGAGAGUGAGACCGUAGUAUUCUUAUGCAAAAGCUAUUUCAAGUAUUUCUUAGCUGCUUUGGAGGUAUCUCUCACUCCCCGUAGGGCGCUUUUACUGUUAUCUUAACUGCGUGUUUAUCUAUAUGUAAAAACUUUCUAUAAGCAAAUACAGUAUUCUCCAUUUUCUUAUCAC